AAAUCUCAAAUUUUAUGUUAAUAACCCAUAUUUAAUUUAUACCUUAAGUAGACGACAUAAAAUUUAUUUCACAUUAACAUUUGCAGCAUCUUCCGUUUCAUAUUUUGAAAAUAAAAUAACAUGCUUACAAUAGUUUAGUGCUUUUCUAACCUAACAAACUUCGGGCUCGAAUGAUUCCAUAUGAUUCUAAAUUAUAAUAAUGUCAAGUUUUCAUAAGAAAUCGGAUUCACAAUACAGCAUCAAAGGAACCAAACUAAAAAAUAAUUUACCUUAUAUAUCUUCUGGUAUUCCAUCCUUAGAUCACAUAAUUGGCGGUGGUCUACCUUCAGGAGCAAUUUUUGCUGUUGAGGAAGAUCUUUUGGGCAGUUACAGUAGAGUUUUAACAAAGUACUAUCUUGCUGAAGGUGUUACUUCAGAACAUGCACUGUUUAUUGCUUCAGCGGAUGAAGAUCCUCACAUUAUUAUAAAUGAGUUGCCACAGCCAUGUACCGAUCUACCUAAAGAAGUAGACCCUAAGGAAGGCAAUGUUGAAAUGAAAAUCGCUUGGAGAUACGAGAGACUGGGCCAGGUGGAAUCUUCCUUUGGUAGCAAUUCCUCGUUCGGACAUAAUUUUGACCUGAGCAAACAUAUGGAUAAAGAAACUGUACAAAAUAGAAAUAUUACUUACUGUUUUUUAAAUGAAGAUGAAUUUGGAAACAAAGAUAAAGUAAAAGGCUUCAAGAAUUACAUGUUUUUUAAAUUAUUAACUGAAAUCAAAGAUCUUGUAUCAAAAGAAGAGUUCCACACAAGUGGUAAAAAUAAAAAUAUCUUACGUAUAAGCAUACAGUCACUUGGCUCUCCAAUCUGGUUGGCUGCGGAUUGUGAUGAAAAUAUAAACAGUGAUUAUGGACAAGAUUUAAUUAAAUUUUUAUACACUCUUAGAUUAAUUUUAAGAGAUACAUUGGCAGUUGCAUUUAUAACUGUUCCAUCACAUUUAUUCGAUGAUGAGCAUUUAAUGCCCAGACUUCUAUAUUCCAUAGACAAUGCAGUCAGGAUAGAGUCGUUUGCUGGCUCUAGUCGGGAAACAAACCCAGUGUAUAGUGACUACCAUGGCUUAUUCCAUGUCACUAAGUUGUCAGCUAUAUACUCACUUGUGCCUUAUGUACCGCCCAGUCUGGAUCUAGCAUUUAAACUGCGCAGGAAAAAAUUCGUUAUUGAAAAAUUACAUUUGCCACCAGAGCUGCAAGAGUCCAGUGAAAGAGAACAAGAUGAUAUCACAGCAGUGCCUAAAUCAGUCAGCUGUGGAGGAUUUAAGAAAAAGGAUAUAGAUUUCUAAAUAAUUGAUUAGAAAUAAAAAAAAUAUAUUUUUU